UAAAACUGUUUUGUCCCGGAUCAAUCAUGGUACCAGGGUCACGCCGAAUGCGAUUUGAUUACUUUACUUCGGCUCCACAGCUAGGAUAGACAGGCGAAGCAAUCCCCUCUGCAACUGUGUAUACGUACAUGUUCUUGUAUUUUGGCAAUUUUGUAUCAGGUACCUUCGGUUUCGAUCCAUGAAGGCAUCAGAGUUCCUGGACAAGCGAAUGGCCGAACAUUCUAGAACCAUGAACACAGAUUCCUUCAUUUUCUUCAAUUCCGACGACGAAAGCGAAAACGAAUUCGAGAACUCUCGCAGCUAUGGCGUCCGAAAUGGCAAUUCUAUAGAACCCGAAGAUUCUGUGAACUUGACUAGUGAGAAAGAAGGUAUGCCAUCGGAAAUUGAUCAUACAAUAAAAAAUCAUUUUGACAAACUGCUGCAUUCAGUGGAUGCUCUGAGUUCAAGGCUCUAUCAAAUAGAGAGCAAAACUCGCAAGCUCGAGAAUGCAGUUGACAAUCUGAAGGUUUCUGCUGAGUAUAAUAAUGGGAGAACGGAAGGAAAGUUGAAGCAGAUAGAGGCAAUUAUGAUAGAGGUUCAAGAUGGUAUACAAAUUAUAAGGGAUAAAGAGGAAAUAGCAGAGACUCAGCUUCAGCUUGCCAAGCUUAAAGGUCCGAAGGGUAGCAUAAAACCAGAAGACCGUAAGACUGCUGUUCAAGCUGACUCCAUAUUGCAAGCAUCAUCAUCAUCAUCUACCUCCAGACAAUGUCCCCAACUUCUACCUACUAUUUCUGAUUCUCGUCCACUACAACCACCUGCUCUCCAUCCCAAUGCUCCUUCAACCCUACCUUAUCUGAAUGCCUCACCAGCUGGACCACCUGUUGCAACACAUACUCAUAGCCAAGUGCCGCAUAACACAAUGGCUUCCAGUUUGCAGGCUCAGUCUUGUUAUUCACCAGCUAUGAAGUCUUCGGAAAGUACUUAUCAGCGAUUUAACAUGACUCCCCCUCAGCAGGCACAGCUUCCUGCUCCAGCACCACCUCAACUUUAUGAUCAACCAACUCCCAACAUUCCUCAUGUCUCACAGUCACCUCAACAACCUCGAUCACAACUAGCUGUUGGUGCAAUUCAUCCUCAAAGCCAACCACCAUGGAGCCAUCAUCCUGAAGAAACGCCAUCUCUGCCCUCCCACAACUACCAGCCAAGCAUCAUCCGUUCCUCAUCUCUGCCUCGUGAUGGUCCCCCAGUUCAGCAGUUUUAUAUGGAUUCCCCACAUUCACGAAGAUUUAAUUCUGAAUAUCCUGCUGGGUAUUCCUGGACUCCUGGACCAGCGAACUCCAGCAAUAUACAUCCUUAUGGUGGAUCCUUGUCCCACUACAGUGGCUCAACGGCAAAACCUACAUGGCCUUCUCCUCCCUCGGAUGGUGAAAGUUAUCCACAGCUCCCAAAAGCCCAGAUAUUACCCCAUGCACUGCCAACUGCCUCUAUUGUGGAUACUGGUUCAAGUUCUGGUGGAGCUGGAAACAAGGUUCCGAUUGAUGAUGUUGUUGACAAGGUUACUGCAAUGGGAUUCCGGAGGGACCUGGUCAAAACUACUGUCAGGAAACUGACCGAGAAUGGACAGUCAGUCGACCUGAAUGUGGUGCUGGAUAAGCUGAUGAACAACAUCCCGCAUCGGAGAGCUGCGAUUUUCCGGGAAAAUCGUUGGGUGGGUUGUGGUUUCAUUCUUGGUCCCUUCAAAGAUAUCCACUUGUCGGACUGCUUGUAUGCUUCGGCCUCUCCACCAGCAAAUGCCAAUGCAUUUGGAUUGAUCCGUGCACGAUGCAGAGCUCCAGAGAUCGUCAGAACCAAACAAAUCCGCUAUGAAUACAUGAGCUGGUUUUUCCCUUGGAAUUUAUCUACCAAAACUUGGUUCUUUUCUCCGUUUGUUCCUGAUACUGACUUUGUUCUAUUUCUCUCUCCUCUGUUUUUCUUUGCUCAACAGAAUAUUUACCCAACCAAGUCUCUGGUUUUCUCCGUUUCCUUCGUUGUUCAAACUGAACUGGCGAUUGAACUGAACUUUGUGGCGCGAAUCAAGAGAGAGAGUAUGGAUAAGAAGAGGGUUUUGUUGCUGAGACAUCUAUUGAUGCUGUCUUUGGCUUUGAAUGUUGGGCUGGUGCUGAGGCUGGGAUAUGUGGGGGAGAGCUGGAGAGCAGAAGAGCAGCGGGACGUCCAUGGCCUCUGUUUGGAAUUGGAGCAGCAGCAAGCCAGAGAGGCGGCGCACGUUAGCAGGAAGACGCCUGAACUGGCUUCCUGGACUUCAGCAGCUGCUCAUAAUCACGUUGAAAAUGGCGAAGCCAGCAGCAGCAGGGUCAUCAAUCUCGACCAUGGCGAUCCGACAAUGUACGAGAGGUUUUGGCGGCAGGCUGGCGACAAAACCGCUGUCGUGAUCUCCGGGUGGCAGUACAUAAGCUAUUUCUCGGAUGCCUCCAACCUCUGCUGGUUUCUGGAGCCGGAAUUUGCAAAGGCCGUUGUUCGACUCCACAAACUGGUGGGAAACGCCGUCACCAAAGAGCGUCACAUUGUGGUUGGAACAGGGUCGUCGCAACUAUUUCAGGCUGCAUUGUAUGCUCUGUGUCCAGCCGAUGCACCCGAGCCCAUGAGCAUAGUAUCUGCUGCGCCCUAUUACUCGUCGUACCCAUUGAUGACGGAUUUCUUGAAAUCGGGGCUCUAUAAAUGGGCUGGCGACGCGCACGAAUUCAGUAAAGCCAACAGGCCCUACAUCGAGCUUGUCACCUCACCUAACAACCCAGAUGGAUCGACUAGGCAAGCCGUGGUCAACCGAAGUGCGGGAAUCCUGAUUCAUGAUCUUGCUUACUACUGGCCCCAAUAUACUCCCAUUUCUUCUCCUGCGGACCACGACCUCAUGCUAUUCACCGUCUCCAAAAGCACCGGCCAUGCCGGCACACGCAUUGGUUGGGCUCUUGUCAAGGACAAAGAAGUGGCGAGAAAAAUGACCAAGUUCAUCGAGCUCAACACGAUAGGCGUGUCGAAGGACUCGCAGCUCCGGGCAGCAAAAAUUUUGCAUGCCGUAGCUGAGGGUUAUGACCAUGUUGGCAACCCUAAACCGGCCAGCCUGCCCUUCUUCGACUACAGCCAUGCCCUCAUGGAGAAGAGGUGGAAGCAACUAAGGGCUGCCGUGAAAAGGGGUGCCGCAUUCAGUUUGCCAGACUUUCCCACCGGAUUCUGCACCUUCACCGGCCGGAGCUUUGAAUCACAACCUGCUUUUGCAUGGUUGAAAUGCCAAGGGGAGAUAGAGGACUGUGAAGGGUUUCUUGGAGGGCACAGGAUAUUGACUCGAGGGGGGAAACACUUUGGAGUGAGCUCAAAGUAUGUGAGGAUAAGCAUGCUGGAAAGGGAUGAAGUUUUCGAGCUUUUCACGCGUAGGUUAUCAGCAAUCCAAUCAUCUUAAUCCUCUCAUCUAGUGAGAGUGAAGGGUAAGGCCCUUCUUUUCAUGUACAAGACAAGAGGCCUAUUGUAUAUAUCGAAACCCAGUUUUUAUUUCA